UUUCUCUUUUGCUAAAGGGUGCAACUGCUCAUAAAGAGAGAUGCAGCAUCUUCACACCCUCUGUCUCCUUUAUACCAUAAUGGCUUCCAGUUCUCUCUAGUUUCUGCCUUUAGGUUUAGUCCAAUCCAGGCAAAGACAAUUGCAUCAUCCAGGGCCAAUCGUGUGAUAUAUAUGAGAGAGUUCUCUUGAUCCAUGGAAUGCACGUCUGGAUUUGCAUCAGCGCCUAUUCAACUCAUCUGGCAUCUGAGUCCAAAUGUAAGAAAUGAGCACGUGGAUCAUCCCAGCAGAAAUUGGGGAAGUAAUCGUAAAAGAUUUAAGUCUUCAACUUGCAAACAUGCAAAUUUCUUUCACCGGAUAGAUUUCAUAUCAAGCUCAAGCAGAUUUAGCUGAGAAACACUAGAGCUAACUCCCAGGCAUGCCGAGGUGUAAUAAAUGUUUAUCUGAAAACGACUCUGCAUCGGAAGACCGGCAUUGGCACAGGACAGUGAAGCAGCAACAUCCAAAGCUAACCACAAACCAGACACACUAUAAUGGGCGCCCCCAAGAAUGACGCCAAGUGUCACCCCACUGACACCCUACUAUUAGUAUACUCUGGACUGAACUUCCAACAUUCCUCCAUACUCACAGAGGCCGUGCAUGAACACAUAUGAAAGAGCCAUGAGGGGUAGAGGAGCAGAAGAAGACAUAUACACAGAGUAGCUACUACCCUCACUAAUACCCCUUGCAUGGUCUUUGUGGUGCAAGUCACAAGGCCACCUUGUUCAUGAAUUGUGUUUCCAACGGCACCGUUUAUGAGGAGGCGGUUGGAAGAGAGGGGCGCUGGGCCAGGCUGUGCGACGGAUGUUGCACGGUGCCAAGCGUGGUGUACUGCCGCGCCGACUCCGCGUACCUCUGCGCAUCUUGUGAUGCACAGAUCCACGCCGCAAACCGUGUGGCCUCGCGCCAUGAGCGUGUGCUCCUCUCCGAGGCCUACAAGCAUGCACCAGUGAUGCUGGAUUGCCAUGCAGAUGCUGCAGCGUUGUGCGCCGCCUAUGAAGCACAGGUACACUAUGCAAACCUGCUUACCGUGAUGCACCAGCGCAUGCCCGUGGUGUCACACCCGGCCGUAGCCAUUCCACCUGUUUCUUUAUUUGCUGAGGCAGAAGCCACCGCUCCUGUCCUCGGCCGCAAGGAAGAGGACACCUCUUGGCUGCUGCUCAGCAAAGAUUCUGAUAACCAUAAUCGCAGUGGCAACAACAGCAGCACCAGCAGCAGUAGCCAAUACUUUGGUGAAGUGGAUCAGUACUUUGACCUUGUGGGGUACAAUUCUUACUAUGAUAGCCACAUGAGCAACCAAGAGCAGUAUGUGAUGCAAGAACAACAACAUCUGCAGCAGAUGCAAAAGGAGUACGCGGAGCAGCAGAUGCAAAAGGAGUACGUAGAGAACGAAGGGAGCGAGUGCAUAGUACCUUCGCAGUCUACAAUUGUGAGAAGGCCACAUCAGAGUGGUUAUGCACCACUUGUAGGGGCAGAGCAGGCUGCCUCCGCGACUGCUGGGGCUAGUGCUUACACAGAUUCCGUCAACAACAGCAUAUCUUUCUCAAUGGAAGCGGGUAUAGUUCCGGACAAUACGGUCCAGUCCAGCAUCCUGAGACCUGCUGGAGCCAUCGGUCUCUUCUCAAGUCCUUCACUUCAGACACCACUUCACUUCAGCUCCAAGGAGAGAGAAGCCAGGGUCCUCAGGUACAAGGAGAAAAAGAAGAGCAGAAAGUUUGAGAAGACCACACGUUAUGCAACAAGGAAGGCGUAUGCCGAAGCACGGCCAAGGAUCAAGGGCCGCUUCGCCAAAAGAUCAGAUGCGGAAAUGGAAGUGGACCAGACAUUCUCAACUGCGGCCCUAUCUGACAGUAGCUACAGUACUGUCCCAUGGUUCUGAUGAGGCAUCGUAUUAGCAUAUGGACUUAUCAGAGUGAUAAGGUAUAGUAUGAGUAUUUCAAGCGAAUCGAUGCUCUGAAUAAUGGUUGGAUAUGUGCAACUUAAUCAUAGAUAGCACAUAUGUGAUGUUAGAUACUUGCUCAGUCGCUUCAGUUACAAGUGAACAAAGAGCAGUAUUUAACGAUUAAAAGAUGUAAUGUAAUGGCACAUAGAUAACUAUGGGGCGCGUUGGAAUUUCUUUUCUCUUUGACAAAAAAUAGCUACCAGCUGAUUUCAUUGAUGAAGGAAGGGUAAUAAUGUUUUACAGCAGAAAGAAAGGGCAAAGCUGAAAAGGGUGUGAGCACCUGAAG